AUGGAGCCUCCAGUGAUUGAAGGCUUCACCCCCAGCGCCGCCAUACAGAGGGAGGGCUUCAGGGGAAAGUUCGUAAGGAAAGUGAAGGAGAAUCCUCUUGUACCGAUCGGCUGUCUCGCCACUGCCGCUGCUUUGACAUUCGGGCUUAUUAGUUUCAGGCAGGGGAAAUCCCACCAGUCCCAGCUUAUGAUGCGCACACGUAUUGGUGCACAAGGAUUCACAGUCGUAGCCCUUAUCUUUGGAAUCUUUAUGACUGCUGCAAAAUCCCCAUCUCCUCCUAAGUAA